AUGGGCUUCGUCUGCUACUCGACGUGGAUGUUUUUGCCGAACGAUGAUCAAUUGUUAAAGGUAGCCGUCGGCCCCCAAUUCGAGCACCACGACCACGAGGGCGGCGACCACGAGCAUAUUCAUGUUCGCGAGCUAGCGGCCCGACAACAAGCCCAGCGUGAACGGGACCAAUCGCUGAUUCGAGCACGCGCCGAGCACGAUGUACAGAUGCCGCCACCAAUUCCGAAGCCCGAGAUCGGCGGCUCCGACGAUGCCGAGGCCCGGAGAAUCACCGUCAAGCAGAUGACGAAAUUCGCGUGGGACGGCUACAAGCAGUACGCCUGGGGCUCAAACGAGCUGAAGCCGAUCUCACAGAAGGGCCACUCUGCCUCGAUAUUCGGACAGGGCAAUAUGGGCGCGACGAUCAUCGAUGCGCUGGAUACGCUGUGGAUUAUGGGCCUCAAAGAAGAAUACGAGGACGGCAAAAAGUGGAUCGAAAUGAACCUCGAUUUCAAGGCACACUCGCGAGGCGACAUUUCCGUGUUUGAGACGAACAUCCGCUUCAUCGGUGGCCUCCUCGCUGCCUACGCUCUCACCAGGGAAAAGAUGUACGUCGAAAAAGCGGAAGCUAUCGCGGAUUUGUUGUUGCCGGCCUUUAACACGCCUACCGGGAUCCCGUUGGCGCUCAUUAAUGUUAUCACCGGAAAAGCCAAGAACUACGGCUGGGCUUCCGGCGGGGCCAGUAUCCUCUCGGAAUUCGGCAGUCUCGAGCUCGAGUUCGACUACCUGGCAAAUCUCACCGGCAAGGAGGUUUACCGGCAAAAGGUGCACAAAAUCCGCGAUUUCCUGACGGAGAUUGAGAAGCCCGACGGCCUCUACCCGAUCUACCUGAAUCCAAAUACGGGCAAAUGGGGACAGAAAGAAUAUUCGAUGGGCGCGAUGGCCGACAGUUUCUACGAGUAUCUCCUCAAGCAGUAUUUGGUGACUGGGAAAACGGAUUCGCGCACGAAGAAAGAGUACAACGCGGCCGUCGAGGCGAUGGAGAAGAAGAUGCUGUUCAAGAGCAGCCCCAGCGGAUUUAAAUAUUUCGCGAACCUGAAGGGCAGCCGCGUCGAGCACAAAAUGGAACACCUCGCCUGCUUCUGCGGUGGAAUGUUUGCUCUUGAUGCUCAUUUCGAGACGAAUGUCACCCGGGCCAUCCACUAUAUGGAGCUGGCCAAGGAUAUCGGCAAUACUUGCCAUGAGAGCUACGCUAGAUCUGCUGUCGGCAUCGGUCCGGAGGCUUUCCGCUUUACAAAUGACGUCGAGGCGAAGGCUGUUUCCUCCCAGGAAAAGUACUACAUUCUCCGGCCAGAGGUAGUCGAAACGUGGUUCUACCUAUGGCGCACGACGAAGGAUCAGAAAUACCGCGAUUGGGCCUGGGACGUCGUCAUGGCGUUGGAGAAGCAUAUGAAGGCAGGCAGCGGCUACUCGGGCGUGCGCGAUGUCUACCAGGUGCCCGUACAACACGAUGAUGUGCAGCAGUCAUUCCUAUUCGCCGAGCUGUUAAACAAC